AUGGAGGCCGUGAUGGCAACGAGCGCAGGGCCGGCGGGGCUUACGGCAGCCGCGGCCGGGGAGCAGGAGGGGGCGGCGGCUGCCGCCUCCAGCCCGGCCCAGGCGCCCGCCGGCCCCACCGCCUUUCUCAGCCUCCCGGCGCCCUUCAGCGAGGAAGAUGAAGAUGAUGUUCACAAGUGUGGUCGUUGUCAUUCUGAGUUCACCUCUUUGGAAGAAUUUGUACAACACAAAUUACAAAAGAUCUGUCAACGAACUCAAGAAGCCAUUACUGCCACAUCAACAAGUCUUCCUAGCCAAGAAGUACAAAAGGAGGUUGUUCCUUCUGUUGAGGAGUCCAUAACUGUUGCUCAUAUAGUUGUUGAAGCAUCUUCAAUAGCAGAAGAAAUCAGUAAUGCAUCUUCUAUAGUAGGUAGUGGGCACAUCAAAGAAGUCAUUGUCACAGGAGAACAAGUUUUUGAAAACCCAAAUGGCCAGAUUGAUGGUGAGAUCACUGAAGGGCAGGGCAGUCCCGAUGACAUGGAACAAGAUGGCUCCACAGAGCUGAUCAGGGUUAAGCUGCUGGUUAAUAAAGAAGGUCGAUAUGUGUGUGAGUUAUGCCACAAGACGUUUAAAACUGCCAGUAUCCUUAAAGCUCACAUGAUCACUCAUAGUAGCAGGAAGGACUAUGAAUGUAAAUUAUGUGGAACAUCAUUUAGGACAAAGGGGUCUCUCAUUCGACACCACCGGCGUCACACAGAUGAGCGACCUUACAAAUGCAAGAAGUGUGGGAAAAGCUUCAGGGAAUCAGGAGCUUUGACACGGCAUCUGAAAUCUUUGACACCUUGCACGGAAAAAAUCCGUUUCAACAUGAGCAAAGAAAUAGUUGUUAGCAAAGAUGAAUUGCCAACAGAAUCCUGUAGUUCAAACACAGAGGCUGUUUCACCUAUAGCAAGCGAAUCCAUUGAGACUCCUGUGAUUCACCUAUUAACAGAUGCAAAAGGCAAUGUCCUUCAUGAAGUCCAUGUCCAAAUGCAGGAGCUUCCUGUUGUUGAUGCAAAAUCCUUGGAUCAAGAGCCAUCAAAUCCCAAGGAACUACCAUGUGAAUGGGAAGUGAACAAUGAGAACUUGCUGAGGCAGGCCAUGAGGAAUUCUGGGAUUGUGAUAGAAAAAGUCACUGUGGAGGAGAUGCAAAAAUCAGAUGAACCUGGUGUGGCUGCUACAGAAGAACUAGAAAACGAAGAGAUGGAAGCGGAAGAAGAGCAGUGUGGGGAACAGUGUGUUGAAGUAGAGCAAGUAGAGACUACAGAUACAGAAACAAACGGAUACAAAAGUUAUGUUUGCCCUCACUGUAGUGAAGUCUUCAGUGGGUCUGUUUCCCUUGAAAUACACAUCAAAGGACAUUUAGGUUACAAAGUGUUUAAAUGCGAGGAGUGUGGUAAAGAGUUCAUGAAAGGCUACCUGUUGAAAAAGCACCAGGAAGUGCAUGUCAAUGAGCGGCGCUUCCGUUGUGGUGAGUGUGGCAAACUCUACAAGACCAUCGCGCAUGUGAAGGGACACAAGAGGGUGCACUCAGAUGAGCGGCCAUAUUCCUGUCCGAAGUGUGGCAAGAGAUACAAAACAAAGAAUGCCCAGCAGGUUCAUUUCCGCACUCACUUGGAAGAGAAGCCCUACAUCUGCCAGUUCUGCAACCGGGGCUUUCGGGAGAAGGGCUCGUUGGUUCGUCACAUCCGUCACCACACAGGCGAAAAGCCAUACAAAUGUUACAAGUGUGGACGUGGGUUCGCAGAGCAUGGCACUCUUAACAGGCACUUAAAAACCAAAGGUGGCUGCCUUCUUGCAUUGAAAGAGGUUGAAGACGUGAUGGUUUCUGAGGAAAGUCAAUCAGCUGACAACUUAGCGGCAACAGUUAUUUCUGAAGAUCCUCAUACUGUUCUAGUAGAAUUUUCUUCAGUGGUGGCAGAUACUCAGGAAUACAUCAUUGAGACUGCUACUGAAGACAUGGAGACCAGUGAAGCUACUGAAAUAAUAGAGGGAACCAGACAUGAGGUUGACAGUCACAUUAUGAAGGUUGUGCAGCAAAUAGUAAAUCAAGCAAACUCUGGCCACCAGAUCAUCGUGCAGAACGUUACAGUGGCAGAAAACUCUGAAGUAACUACUGACACUGCAGACACUAUCACCAUAGCAACACCAGAAAGUCUUACAGAGCAGGUUGCCAUGACACUGGCUUCGGCUAUUGGCGAAGGAGCUGUGCUGACGACAGAGGGUAGCAUUGAGACAGAAGAAGCAACUGUGACAAUGGUUGCAUCAGAGGAUAUUGAAAUAAUGGAGCACGUAGGAGAGUUUGUGAUAGCCUCCCAGGAAGGGGAGGUGGAAGUUCAGACAGUGAUUGUCUAG